AUGUUAAGCAAGAAUCUCUCUAUUUAUGAUUGCGAUGAGUUCAUAAACCCUCUUGAUGUUGUAGGUGACUUUUACAAUUCUUCAGGCACCCCAGUUUCUUUCUCUCGAAGAGCACCUAAGAAUAAAUCUAAUGUUGUCAUGUCUUCGGACUUUGAAGACGAGCAAUUUAAUAUACAUCCUUCUUUAGUUCCAGGAAAGAAUGUCAGCUGUGGAUUGUUUAUAAAAGAAGACUGCAGACUCCUCUCACAUUCUCCAAACAUUCAGAAUAGCUUAAGUCCGCCAAGAUAUCUGGUACUUUGUUCUCAAGCAGAGAAAUGUGAGGGUGGUGGCUUCCAUUGCUCGGAAACAUCAAAUGAUUUAGAAAUGGAAACUUGCAAGUCUUUGGAUGUAUCAUAUGUUCCUGAAUCAUCCUUUGUCCCUGAGACUGAAAUUGGUAAUGGAAUGGAACUGUCUUCUAGAACUGUGUCUUACGCUAAUGUUGCUGAAACAACAGAAGUUUCAGUGAGUUGCGAGUUAUCUGAGGACCUGAUCCCAGUUGAAGUAAAUAACUCUUGUGAAUCUAUACAUAAAUUAGUUAAUACUUCAGAUAUGUUAGACGGUACAUGCAGUAGUACUGCAGAAGCUUCUCAUGAAGAGGUAGAGAAUUCUCAAGCCGAGUAUGAUGAGGCUGCACCAAGUGGCCAUGCAGUGAUGGAUGAAUGCAGGCGCAUGAAUUUCACCAAAAAAUCCUUUUCCAUGUGUAAAUUGAAGAACGGUGCGACCACUGAUUUAGUGCACGAAUCAUGGAGAAAACUUCGUGACAGUCAUGCUGAUAUAAAAAAGUAUGUUGACUUAAAGCCAAAAGAUACAACUGAAAUUUUGAAAUUUACUUCUAGCAUGAGUGAUCUUAUUUCACAAGCUGACUUGCUGCUUUCCAAGUGUCAGAUACAAGAUUCUUUUGAGCAGUCAAAGAUCCCUUCCAGGGACUCAAAUGCAUUCAGCUGGUGUGAUGAGCAGCUGCAGAUGGUUGACACUGUUUCCCAACAUGGGUUUUGCUUGUAUGCUAAAGAUAUUGAUGCCAUAGGAUCAAAAAUAGGUUUCGAGUGUAGGGUGGAUUUGAGCCAGGAGAUGCUGUCUUCCUCUGCUAGAGCAAUGGCAUUUGGUAGAUUGCUUGAACAUGAUGCUAGAGCAAGUAGCACUUCAGUUGACGGAAAGCGUUUGGAAACGAGCCUUUCAAAACAUGAGCUUGCAGUGAGAAGGGAAGUGAAGCCUUGCCUUUUGGACAUCCUUAGGUCCAUAGUCCCUUCAAGAUUAUACUUGGCCCUGAAGGGUGCUGCAUGUCAUGAAUAUAUUUCCUCAUUGGGAUGCAUUUCGAGAUCAGAAGCUUCCCGCUUAUCAGUAGGCAAGGGCUUGACAGGAAGGCGAAGCAGACGAGGUGCUCACCAUUACUUGAGUACCGGUGCACUGACAUUAUCCCCUGAAGAUGUUUCAUUGUUGGGCCAAUAUAACUUCAAUGGAAAUUUAUCAUGCAACUGUGGUUGCUAG